AUGUACGACGAAGCUGACCAUGGAAUAACUACGGAGUACACGGAUGUCUCACCUGCACAUUACGUGUUCAAGAUAGAGUCCUUCUCCCUGUUUUCGGAGAACGACAUGGACAUGUAUGAAACUAAUGAGUUCGAAUCUGGAGGCCACAAAUGGAGAAUGAUUCUCUAUCCCAAUGGAGACGAGAGCAGAAAUGGACAAGGUCAUGUGUCUAUAUAUCUGGCAGUUUCCGAGACCAGUCCUUUGAAGGUCGGCUCGGACGUGAAUGCAAUCGUUAGAUUUUUUGUGUUUGAUCAAAUUCGCCACAUAUACUUGGUAAAACAAGGGAUCAGCACGAGGCUUCGCGCGAUGAGUUCCAAGUGGGGUAUUCCAAGAUAUGUGCCUCUAGAAAUUUUUAAGGAUCGGUCGUACGGAUUCCUUGUCGACUGCAUUUUUGGAGUGGAGGUCUUUGUCAUCAAGAACUCGGGCAUAGAUUUUUCUGCUUCCUAUGAUCUUUAA